ACAACCUGAACCUGGUGGUCGGUCAUGCCCUUGGGGCAACUGCCCUCCGUGAUCCAGCAUACGCUGCCCUAGCGAGGCAGAUCGCGGUUUGCAAGUCCCUGGUGUCACUGGUGAAGCGUAAAGGUCUGAACCAUCUACUGGAAAAAUCUCUAAAGCAGCAGGUGGAUACGCGCUGGAAUAGCCUACUGACCAUGAUCCGGUCGGUACUGGAGGCCUUGUCGGAGCUGCGAAGCCAGGAGAGAUUCGCGCAGCCAGACGUGUCUGAUCUCGUGGACCAGCUGAGCAGGAGCCAGCUGCACGCCCUCAUCGACCUGCUGCAGCCGUUCGAGAUGGCGUCCGAGCAACUUAGCGCGGCCCGCUACAGCACUCUGCAUCUGGUUGUGCCCGCCAAGGAGCGGCUGAUGAGGUCUUUGAGCGUGAAGACGGAUGAUACCUUCGCCAUCAAGAGGCUCAAGGAAUCACUACGGCGACUCCUCGACGAGAAGUUCAUCCUAGAGAAUGAACACUUCAUGGCAGCAGCGCUCUGGCCUCCACACCGCCACUUCCGAAGCAUGCAGACAGUGUCUCAGGCGAAGGUGCGGCAGGUGCAUCAAUCACUGGAGGAGGAGGCGAGGUACCAGCCCAACUGUCCGCCACAAGUGCAGGUCAGCCAAACGACCCAAAUGCCACCUGCCGAGCCAACGCCGGGACCAAGCUCCUCAGAGUCAUUCUUCACCUUUGGCGAGCAAGACGACACGGCAGCGCCCAAACCCCGCCAAGACGACGUGGGGGAGUACCUGGCAGAUCCUGGACCCAUGACCUGCGGGAAAGACAUAACAAAGUGUUGGAGUACUGGAAAACAACGGGAGCCAGGUUCCCGGUACUCCAGCGGGUAGCCCGCAAGCUGUUAGCGGUGCCUGCAUCCAGCGCACCAUCGGAGAGACUGUUUUCGGCCGCUGGUCGGACGAUCGAGCCGGGUCGGACGUGCCUCCUCCCAGAAACGGUGGACGACAUCCUCUUCCUCCACGGGGCACUGCGCCAGUAACCGACAGGAGAAAGGAGUUAGGAUAGUGACUAGUCUGACUGUGUACUCAGAACUAAGCUGGAAAAGUCAAAGCAAAGGAAAUCUGUCAUGCAUGCAGUCACAGUGUCUUAUAUUGUACGCAUUUCCGCUGUUAGCUAGGAGUGCUAUCAGUAGUUUGAUAUUGAUCUCAGCUCAGGAAUGUUGAACG